AUGCCAGACAGAAUGGCUUUCAGUCAAGGGUGGUCCAAAAGCGCAAUUGAGCGGGGAUGUAGGUGUGAAGAUGAAUGCACAAAAAUUGAGAAUAACCAUCGAGAACGACGACCGACAACAAGCUUCUCUCGGAACGACAGUUUUCUUUGGUCGUUGGGUGCCAACAUGCAACUCAGAUCGCCUCAUGUGCUCCGACUCUUGGGUGGCGUGGUAAAGAUUGAGAGAUAUUUAGAACAACUGAAAGCACUUUCGCUCGAAUGCUGCUCGCUUGUUCGGGGGCUGAGUGAGAGGUGUGAUAAGUCCAUGAUUGAGGCCAACAUGGCAGAUUGA